AAUCGUGUAUAUAUUGUCAUAGUCAAAUUGAAUAGUUUCUGAAUGAAUCAUGCAUUACUAUUAUUAUAGUUUGUUUAUCUUUAUCGAUCCCUAUAAUCUAGUACUGCAAACUUUUGCAAGAAACCUUAAUAAUGCUUUGCUCAUAAAAACAAAAAUGAAUCGCAAAUGAUGAAACAAGCUGGAAAUCUAAGAAGCCGCUCCACCAAUAAUGACUGAAUGCCACAUCAAGGCAUGGGCAGUUUUUGGAUUCUGGUAAGGGUCGAAAAAACAUACGUGUAUGUAUAAAUAUCAAGAUAAUACCAUAUAUACCACAUAUCACACUCCUGCUUAUAUAAUAUGCAUUAAUAUGGACAAGCAAUAAAAACUCAUAUUAGUGUAAACAUCUAUUUGAUCACUUAUAAAUGUAAUUUAGUUUUUUCUAUAAACCUUACCCAUUAGAUGUCAGGUGAUACACAAUGUAAAAGAGCCAUGAUGGAGAUCGAGAUCUCACUUUAUAAAUUAAUUUUGUGAUUGUGAGAUUAGGUUAGAGUGUGAUAUAUCUCUUUAAAAAUUAAUAUUAAAUUAAGGAUGUUUGCAGCUAUAGUGUGUGCCAUCAAAUUGAUGAUGUCGAUUUGAAAUUGUAUGUGGGGAUGUCCCACAAAUCACGUGAAGGGGGCAACUCUAAUGGCAAUUGUACUGGACAAAGAAUGGUCAUUUACAAUCUUCUCUAAUCUCCUCCCAACCAAUUAUAAUUUAUCUCUCACGUGGGACUCUUGGUCCCACCACCACCCUCUCAUCUUCACACCGUGUGCUAGAUGCAUAUAUAACAUUAUUUAAUUAAUCCUAUCAUUCAGCAGCAUUUGAUGAUACCUAGUUUGUCAUAGUUUACAUCUUAUGGGAGACUCUUCUAAAUCUUCUUCUUCAUCACCUUCUUCUCCUGCUUCAUACAUUCAUAUGGUGCAGCAUCUGAUUGAGAAGUGUUUGAUCUUUCACAUGACCAAGGAAGAAUGCAUGGAAGCACUCUCUAAACAUGCAAAUAUUAACCCUAUUAUAACAUCCACUGUGUGGAAUGAGCUAGAGAAGGAGAACAAGGAAUUCUUUGAGCCUUACAUGAAGUCGAAGGGCAAAGACAACAGAAUGUCUGAGGAGGAGACAAAUGAGAUGAUAGAGAAGAUGAUAACAGAGUCAGAUUCCUCUAACGAUGAUUGAAAACGAUAUGAGCUUAGCUAGGGUUUUGGGUUCUUUAGUCCUUCAAAGCCCCAUGCAACCUAGGGCUCUCCCCACUCUAUACUAUCUCUAGCCACUGCUCACUGUACAACGCUAUCGUAGGUGCUUUCAUGCAUGAUAUAUAUAUAUGUAUGUGGGAUUAAAACCACACGUCUAGUAAAUACUUUAAAAAUUAAAUGCA